AUGACGAGCGGCACCGGCGAAGAGACGCCCUUGCUGGGCCCAAAGCGCGGCGACGACGCUGACGCGUCCUACCAGCGCCGUGUUGUCACCAUAAUUUUCAUCAUGGUCAUUCUGGUGGACUUGGCCGGCUUCUUUCAGGAGGCGCCUCAAACCAAGAUUUUGGAGGGCAUCAUUUGCAGUCGCCACUAUCUUGGCGCCCCGGGCGAGCACGACUGCACCGUGGGUCCUGUCCAGUCUGAACUUGCGACUGUCACACAGAUGCUGAACACGUUCAAUCGCCUACCGGGCCUCAUCGUUGCGAUCCCGUUUGGCAUAUUGGCCGACCGCUACGGCCGUCGGCCCAUUCUACUGCUAGCGAUACUCGGCGCGAUGUUGCAGGACAUCUUCUCCAAGAUUGUUCUCUGGCACCCAGAUGCGAUCUCGCCGCGCUUCAUCUGGCUGUCCUCUGCCGCUCUCCUCGUGGGCGGAGGCGACGCUGUCUCUGGCUCUAUGGUAUACCUUGUGGUGGCCGACGUCGCCCUGCCGCAACAAAGAGCUAGCUUGUUCUUUCUCGUGACCGCGUGCGGCCUCAUUGCAGAAGUCGUGGCUACACCGUUGAGCGCCUUGCUCAUGGCAAGAGACCCAUGGAUACCGUACUUCAUGUAUAGUGGCAUGACUUUUCUUGGUGGCACAAUUCCUCUAUUAUUUCUGCCAGAGACUCUACCGAAGCCGUCGCCUGAGGCAGAGACGUCUCCAUGCGACACAAGUGAAGAUGAGGGCCAAGAACAAUUGGCCGCGUCAGACACAGCGCCAUUUUUGCCCCUAAAAUCGACCGUUGCCUCAAAAUUUCGACCUCUGGUUAAGCGUAACGUUGUCGCUAUUCUGCUAGCCUUCUUUGUUUCGGCUUUAGGGCGCCAGUCCACGAGUUUCCUCUUACAAUUCAUACGGCAAAGGUUCAACUGGACUUAUGAAAAGGCAAGCCUUUUGAUCACAUUACGAGCUGCCAUCAACCUUGCGCUGCUCCUCGUCGCUCUCCCGGCUCUCAACAGAUUCCUAACCAGGCGCGGACUGAGCGCCCCGGGCAAAGACCUCCUCAUUAGUCGGGUUUCUGUCGCUUGCUUUACUCUAGGGUCUCUGGUCAUAUCAGUAGCUCCUGCGGUGGCGCUGGCCGCAAUCGGUAUUGCUAUCUUCGCCUUAGGCUCGGGGUUUACGCCGGCGGCACGCAGUCUCGUGACCACUUUUGUUCACCAGGAUGAGGCAGGACUGCUUUAUUCCGCCCUCGCCAUAAUGCAGUCAGUCGGAGGGCUUGUGGCAGGCCCGCUGCUUGCUUUGACAUUUCGAUGGGGCCUCAGCCUCGGCAGCGAGUGGACUGGAAUCCCCUUUGCUGCGGUGGCUGGCUUGUUUGCGUGUAGUUUUCUCGCAACCUCGCUUGUCCGGUUAUGA